GCUUGGGGCAGUGGGCGGACGCUGCGAGGCGGUGGUGAGGAGGAUCGCCAGGGCUUGUGUCGGAGUCAGCCGCCGCCUCCUCCGGCCCGUGUCAGCGCGGUGAGUCCGGCCGGACGGCUCCCAGCAUAUCUUGGUGCAGAAGACUGGACAUAAGGUGGAAAGGAUGAAAGGUUCAUUCUGAGGUUGACUCAUUGUUCCUUAGCCUUCCUGCCCCCCUUUGAAGGGGGAGACAAAAACCUGUGCUCAUAAGAGCCUCCCUAAAAGCGAGGAAGCUGGCAUUCGUGCUCCUUUCAGUCUGGCUGCAUGUUUAGUAUGCGGAUUGUGCCUCUUCACUAAUGAGAGGGAGAAUGGGAACCCAGGGAAGCCCUGUGAAGAGCUAUGAUUAUCUGCUCAAGUUCCUGUUGGUAGGAGACAGUGAUGUUGGGAAAGGAGAAAUCCUGGAGAGCCUUCAAGAUGGAGCGUCCGAAUCCCCUUAUGCCUAUAGCAAUGGAAUUGACUACAAGACCACCACUAUCUUGCUGGAUGGCAGAAGGGUCAAGUUGGAACUCUGGGACACAUCUGGCCAGGGGAGGUUCUGCACCAUUUUCAGAUCCUACUCCAGAGGUGCUCAGGGAAUUCUCUUGGUGUAUGACAUCACUAACCGCUGGUCCUUCGAUGGGAUAGACCGCUGGAUAAAGGAAAUAGACGAGCAUGCUCCAGGUGUCCCCCGGAUUUUGGUUGGAAACAGGCUUCACCUAGCCUUCAAGCGACAGGUGCCCACGGAGCAGGCCCGUUCCUACGCUGAGAAGAACUGCAUGACAUUCUUCGAGGUCAGCCCACUGUGCAACUUCAAUGUGACCGAGUCCUUUACGGAGCUGUCUCGCAUCGUGCUAAUGAGGCAUGGCAUGGAAAAGAUCUGGAGACCUAACAGAGUGUUCAGCUUACAGGACCUCUGCUGCCGUGCAAUAGUCUCCUGCACACCGGUCCACCUCAUUGACAAGCUGCCACUGCCUGUCACCAUCAAGAGCCACUUGAAAUCCUUCUCCAUGGCCAAUGGAAUGAACGCGGUGAUGAUGCACGGCCGGUCAUACUCCUUGGCUAGCAGUGGGGGCGGGAGCAGCAGCAAAGGUAACAGCUUGAAGAGAUCCAAAUCAAUCCGCCCGCCGCAGAGUCCCCCACAGAACUGCUCACGCAACAACUGCAAGAUCUCUUAGCAAGACUGUAACGCUGUGAGCUCCAAACAGACCCACCCACUGAUGUACAGAUGUUUACACACGUAGCCCUUUUCAAUAGGAUCCUUUUGAACGUUCCUGGGUCACUUUUUUGAUGACAUGCAUAGCUUUGGAAAACGAGUUCAGCUUAACGUUCAGACCAUCAUAUCGACUGGAUCCCACAUCGCUGGUAAAGGGGACUGUGCCAAGUGAACCUUCAGGAAUGCUUUGGGAUUUUCCUUAGUCUGGGUGGAAAACUCAGCAGCUGCUGGCAUGGGGGAGGGACAAGCUCGUCCAGUCUUGGCAGAGGAGGGGAUUUAGCGGAAGAUCAAGAGGCUUAGGGGGUGGUCAAGGGAGAAUCUGUGCUGCAACUGUAACUCUUGAACUCCCAGAUGCAUUGCUGGUGCGAUAGUGAACAGUGGACUUCUAAGAAUAAACGGGGCAUAAGAUGAUGGCAAAUUCUACCUGGACUUUAACCUGCCAUUGACAAAAAAGAGGCAAGAGUUGGCCAAUUGGGAAUCUGAAGGAAGCAGUCCUGCUUGCCUUUCACUUAUUUAUAUAAAAAUUUAUAUAGCGAGAUCUACUUAUACUUUUUUUUAACUUUUUAAAGAAGCAGUCAGGGAAAAUUUUAUGCAGCCAUGUAAAUAGAAGCAUGGGACCUCUGUUUGCAGUGCAGCAGCUAAGGGGGAGGAAGGGAGAGGGGGAUUUUAAGGUGAAUAUCUACAAACACUUUGGGGGAUUGUACAAACAGGAUUGCUCUGCGUUGGUUUGUUUUAAAUACUAUCUAUGCGAAAGGAGAGAGCGAUUUGUAUGCUACAUUCUGGAUCCUUCCUUUUCUGAACAUUCCUGGUAACAAGGGUGAGGGCCUAGGAGGGGGCUAGGAUUUAAAUGUAAUGGCGGGGGGGUGUGUGUGCAGAGGCUGAUUGUACUCACUUAAACCAAAACCCAAAUAGAGUUGCAGCUGUGAGGCUGCCAUGGCCUGCAGGAGCCUGAAGACAAAGGUUCUGUCAGACCAAAUAUUAGAGACCCAAAGGUCAGCUGGUACCAGGUUUAUUUUCCCAUGAUAGGCAGCAUCUUCUCAUGUGAGGGUUGUUGAUCAGUGCUGGCCUUGAGGAGCUGCAGGCAUACAAGUAAAACACUUCUGCUGGGCCUGCAGUGAAGAGAAACACACAGCUUGAUCACAAGCUACCCUUCUGGGGUCACUGUUCCUUCCCCCAUCCUCCCCAGUACUGCUAUUUAUCCCUCCCACUCUUCUGGGCCAUAAGGUCAACCCCCUAAUAGGCAUGGAGACUUUGAGCAGGCCCUGAAUCCAGGGUCCUUUCUGCACCUGUAAAUACCCACUUCACCUUUCCAGGGAACAUCUAAUCUUCUAGCACUGCCCAUGGCUCCUCUUCUAGAUGGGGGCAGGAGAAGGGAGAACACAUUUCACACUGGAGUGUGGCAUAUUAGAACUGAUCAGGACUGGAGCACUACUAGCCAUUCUAAGUGGUAUUAAAAUGCCGCCUUGCUAGUCUGGAGUUUGCCUGCAUUGGAUGACCAAGCAAAGCUAUCUUGCUGUGCCCUCAGACAGCCAUGAUUGCUGUUCAGUGGCAGGAAAACGUGAAGGGAAAUGCAUUGGCUUGUUUUUAUUGUCACAUAGGUUUUCACAGCUUCUAGAGCAAGCAAUCUCUCUCGUUGGCAAUGUGCUUGGGAUCGGCAUGUGAUGUUAGAGAAAUCCCAUCUAGGACAAUAGCAACAGCUUCCCUUACUUAGUCCCAUAGUAGCAGGACUUUUAACUUUCCACUAGGGCUUUCAGCAGAAGUAGUGCCCAGUCCUUGUUAAGCUAGAGAGGCUGAUUACAGUUCGAUGCGAGUUCAGUCAUAGGUGAGCGAGACCAAGACCUGGUGACAGGUUCUUGUAGGCCAUCAGGAUGUGUAGUUUUUCAGUGGCUUUCAGGAUGGUCUAACUGUAUGAACUGCUUUUGGUUGCUCUGUUCUGCCUCCAUUAUACCUCCCUCUUUAUUGGGAAACUAAAACUGGCACGUCUGCUCUAAGAUGCUGGUGCUCUACUGUUACCGCCUGUCUCCCAUUAGCAGCAGUUCCCCAAGACCAGGCUUAGUCUGUCACCCUAAAGCAGCUUGUUACAUGGGCAGGAUGAAGCUGUUGCGUUUCCUGCACGGCUGACCACCCACUCUGUUCAAGCAGCAACUAAAAGACGGGUGGCAGAGAAAUGGCACAGCCCCUUCCCACAGCAGCACUCCCUGCUGUGCUUUUCCCUUCCUUCCCUGACAGGGUCUGGAGACGAAGGAGUUUCUGCACUCUCUCAAACCCCAGAGGACAGAUUUCACAGAUAGCCCAGCUGCAGGGCAAUAAACCGGGCCACCAACGAAGCUCAAAUGAGGGAGAAGGAGAAAAUAAACCAAGGGCUGGGGGUGUCUUUUGUGGCCGUGAUUCAGACUAAGAACUAAAGCUGUAGUCAAGUUCAGUGCCGUCGCGGGGAAGCCAGGGGAUUUCUAGAACCUGCCAGCAGUACUACACCCACUGCUCCAUGUCACUCAACAGGGAGCAGAAGCAGCCAGGCAGCCUAGGGAUAUAUGGCUAACAGGUGAUGGGAGGCAGAACACACCCCUAUCCAUCAGUGUAAAACCCUCUUUGAAUUUGGUUUCCGUUAGACAGUUAGUUGUGGCAGCCCCUCAGCAGCCUGUAACUCACCUGUGUUGCCUCUUCCAUAUCUAAUAUCUGAUACACGCAGCUGGCGUGGGGAGGAGAUGGAAGAUUCCGUUCUGCAUGUCUAGAAACUCUUCCAACUACCGGUGGAUGGUUUAUCCCCUACAAAUAAACCCUCUCCCAUCUCGUCUCCCACUGUACAUUUUCCCCUGUACAAUCUCAGCAAAUCCUGUCCAGAGGAAAGAUUCAUUGAUCUGGAAUGUCUGCUGAUCAAAACUGAACUCAUCUUGUUUUCUUCAUUUGAAAAGAAAGUGGUUCUCGCAUCUGAUAUCAACACUAGUCUUUAGCUGCUGUCUGACACUCGGACCAUUCCAAUGUUAUUUUGGACUCUUUCUUUUAUUCCUUUGUACAGUCAAUGUUGUUCAACUGAUAUACAUGUUUUGUUUUAUAUAAAUUAAAGUCUUUUGUUGUUUUAAACUA